AUGGAAGAAAAGCGCGACGGCGUCGAUGAGAAGAUGAGCGAGCGGACCCCGCUGCUGCAGAAUGUUCCUGUCGCGGAGCAUCGAGAGAGAUAUCCGCAUCAAAGAGUGAGGAUGACAGUGCAGUGCCACGGGCUGAAGAAGUGUUGCUGAUUGAAGGCGGCAGCUUCGACGAUACUGCACCAUCGCCCUCGCGACCUUCCCAGUUCUCCUCCUCAUCGCCGCACUCAUCUCCCUCGCCGUGACAGGCAGCGCAGGCCGGCUCGGCGACCACCAGACACGCCAGACCGUGACUCAGAGCAUCUUCCAAUCUCCAGACCUCGAACUCCCUCACGCGACUUGGCCGGAAUCAGAAGGUAUCCGCUACGAAGAGCUCAAAGAAACGCUCCUCAACACACCCGAUGGAGAGAAAGCAAGAGAAUGGAGUAAAUACUACACGGCGGGACCGCAUCUUGCGGGGAAGAACAAGACACAGGCAGAUUGGACCAGAGAUCUGUGGGAGGAAUUUGGAGUGCAUCAUGCUGAGGUCGUUGCGUACGACGUGUACAUCAAUUAUCCCCUGGACAACGGACUCGCGCUGCUUCAAGACGGCAAGGUGAAAUUCAGAGCUUCGUUGGAGGAGGAUAUACGGCCUGAAGACCCCACCACAAGCCUCGAGGAUAGGGUGCCGGUGUUUCAUGGAUACUCUGCGAGUGGGAAUGUCACGGGACAGUACGUCUAUGCGAACUACGGAACGUUCCAGGACUAUGAAGAUUUGAUCAAUGCCGGCAUCAGUCUGGAAGGAAAGAUUGCGCUUGUGAAGUAUGGUGGCAUCUUCCGAGGGUUGAAGGUGAAGCGUGCUUCUGAGCUUGGAGCGAUUGGUGUCGUGAUGUACAGUGAUCCCGGGGACGACGGUGAGGUUACGGAGAAGAAUGGCUUGGAGACAUAUCCGGAUGGGCCUGCGAGGAACCCAAGUAGUGUCCAGAGAGGAAGUUGCCAAUACCUCUGUGAGUGCAAAGUCCCGAUCUCCAUUGUGCAAGCUAACGUGGUGGAAGCAUUCGCCCCGGGUGACCCAACCACGAUAGGAUAUCCUUCGAAGCCGGGUGCUCCUCGCCAGUCACCCGAGGGCAAGAUCCCCGAUAUCCCAUCUCUUCCCAUCUCUUACCAGGAAGCACUUCCCCUACUCAAAGCCUUGAAUGGCCACGGUCCAAAUGUGACAUCUUUCCCGGAUUCAUGGCAGGCAAACAACGGUCUUGACUACAAGGGCGUUGACUACAACAUCGGUCCUUCACCGAAGGGCGUCACUCUGAAUUUGUACAACAAACAGGAGUACGUCACCACUCCGCUCUGGAAUACCAUCGGCGUGAUCAACGGAACAGUCUCUGAUGAAGUCGUUGUCAUUGGCAACCACCGCGAUGCAUGGAUUGCAGGAGGAGCAGGAGACCCCAACUCAGGCUCAGCCGCACUCAACGAAGUGAUUCGCUCUUUUGGCAAAGCAUUGAAAGCUGGCUGGAAGCCACACCGGACGAUUGUCUUCGCAAGCUGGGACGGCGAGGAGUACGGCUUGAUCGGCAGCACUGAAUGGGUUGAAGACUAUCUUCCAUGGCUGUCUGGCUCUACAAUCGCGUACAUCAACGUCGACGUUGGCGCCCGCGGACCACACUUCAUGACUGCAGCUGCACCACUCAUCAACAAGGCCAUCUAUGAAGUCACAAGCCAAAUUCCCUCGCCCAACCAGACCGUCAAGGGACAGACUGUCCGCGAUUUAUGGGAUGGUCACAUCGACACCAUGGGCUCCGGCAGUGACUUCACGGCUUUCCAAGACUUCGCCGGCAUCUCCUCUAUCGACGUCGGCUUUGGUGCCGGUCCCAAUGACCCCGUCUAUCACUACCACAGCAACUACGAUUCCUUCUAUUGGAUGGACAAAUUUGGUGAUCCCGGAUUCCAAUACCACAUCACUAUAGCCAAGAUCAUCUCCCUGCUCGCCGCCAAGCUCGUCGAAGAACCCAUUGUCCAGUUCAACGCGAGCGACUACGCCGUCGGUCUGGCAAAAUACCUUUCAAGCGUCAAAACCCUGGCAUCGCAAGCCGAAGAACUCCACAGCGAGGCCUUCUGGAACCAUUUCCGCAAGAUCGAAAACGCAAUCGCUUACUUCCAGGACGUCUGCGCGGAAUUCGAUUCGAAAGCCGCUCGGCUUGAACAUCUCCUUCUCUUUUCUUCUUCUUCUUCUUCGGAGGGGGGGAAGAUGACCACGCAGCGAAAAGCAGAUCUGUACUCUGCCGUUCGCGCCACGAAUACGAAGUAUAAAUUCCUGGAACGCCAGUUCUUGCACCCGGAAGGUCUGGAUAGUCGGAGUUGGUUUAAGCAUGUGGUCUUUGCUCCCGGUCGAUGGACGGGGUAUGCGGGUGCCACGUUUCCGGGGUUGGUGGAGGCGAUUGAGGAUCAGGACCCAAAGGGCGUGGAGAAGUGGGCGGGGAUCAUCACGGGGAGGGUUUAUGCUGGGGCGAAUCUGCUCUUGGGUUAG